AUGGCAGACAUCAACCUCGAUGGUGGUGCAUAUCCGCCCCUGUAUCUCUACAACGAGACAGAUCAGGGCGGCUUAGUCGUCGUCGUUACGUAUACUUUCCUUUGUGUCUCGGCAUCCGUUGCAGCUGCCCAGCUGUACAUGAAUUUGGGUUACAAGAAACGGGCGUUCUAUGUCAGUGAUGCUUUACUACUCGCUGCAAAUAUCAUGUUGGUACCGCAGGCGAUUGUGGUGCAAUAUUCGGUAAACAAUGGUUUAGGCCGUCACAUCGAUACCUUAACUAGUAGCAUGCUCAGAUCUUACUUCAAACUGACGUAUUCGCAAAAUCUCUUGUCCAUAGUCAUACAAGCUUUAGCAAAAGCUUCUGUCGCCAUCCUGUCAGGACGCAUUGAUAACGUAGGCAAGCAGAUGCGGAUCUGGGUAUGGGUCCUUGCGGGUUUAAUCACCAUCUGGACUUUAUUUUCUGUUUUUUCUGUCGCCUUCAUGUGUCGCUCACCGGAGAGAUACAUAUUCGAAAAUGCUCGUUGUCGGACUGGGCGAUACCUCUGGUACCCAAUCACCGUCCUGAACAUCAUCACCGAUCUGCUCCUAGGAACAGUAAUUCUGCCAGUCAUUCUGAACUUGAACAUGGCCAUCGGCCUCCGUUUGUCAAUUUCGGCCUUGUUCAUAUUGAGACUCGUGUGGGUACUCAGCAGGGUCUGCUUCGUCUCGAUUGCAUCUCUGAUCCUUUUAGGCGGCUAUCUCGAAACAAUGGACAAGACCUGGUAUAAUAACACAUUGACAGCUAUCAACCAGAUUGUACUACAUACCUCGUGUAUCACUGCUAGUCUUCCGAGCCUUCACAAAUUCUUCACUGAGCUCCAGACCGGUCAAAUGGGUGCCCAUUUGCCGAAUGAUUUUGAACUAGUGGAAGGCUCUGGCAGACGGUAUGCCAGAUCAAAGUCGAAGGAUGCCAGUAGCAACAGCGACUUUCGUACAAGCCGUAAGGGUAGCGGCAUGGGAAGCAUGUUGAAAAAUGUGAAACAGGUCGGAGAUGGGCCUCUAUCACCGACCGAGUCAAGAGAAGAUCUAAUUACUUAUGAUGAUAUAUGA